AUGAAGGAAACAAAUGACGAUGUUAAGGAUUUUGUGUCGGAAAUUCGGAAAAUUGAAACAUGGAAAUAUAUUAAUGAAGAAACGAAAACUUUAUUUUAUUUGAAAAAAAUUAUUCAAGAAGAAAUUAUAAUGCUAAAAUUUACUAACAACGAAAAAUCAUGUUUAAUAAAAGAAAAUAAAAAUGAAAGCCUAAAGACAGACAAUAAAAUGCUAAAACCAAAGGAUUCAAAUGUAAGUAAAAGUAAAUUGUCUAGUUUUCUGGAUUCUACCAUAUCUUAUGAUAACUAUUUUAACUUAAAGAAACCGCAUAAAAAAAAUGUGACAACACUGAUAAAGAAUGAUAAAUUUGAAAAAAAACAAAUAAAAAAUAAUUUGAUAAAGGGGGAGAAUGAACAUAAUGUUUACAAUAAAUAUAAUCAUAACGAGAUAAAAGAAGAUUUAAUUAAUAUAGACAAUUUUACUAAUUUCGAAAUAGUUAAUGAUAAUUUUAAAAAGGAAUAUGCUCCUAUAAUAUUGAAAUUAAAUAACUAUAAUAUUUCCCCUAAUCAUAAUCCAAAAACACCUGAAAAUAAAAGUCCUAAUUAUAAUGAACUUAAUAAUUAUUAUACCAACGAAAACUUAACAUAUAAUCAAAUCGAAGAUGAACCUAUGAAAAGCAAUGAAGAAAAUUGUUUUGAUAUUUUUAAGAGGGAAAUUUGCAAUAGUGAUGAAAACGAUAUUUCUAUUUAUAAAAGUAGCCCUGAGAAAAAUGAAAUAAGCCCAAGUGUGAAAAAUAAAAUAUCUUUUAAUUUUGAUAAUGUAUCUGAAAAUGAUUAUGACAUUAAAAAGAGAGAAAAUGAAAGUGGGAUUGGAAAUAUAGAUAGCGAUUGUAAUAGCGAAGAAAAUGCCAUUUUCAAAAGUGAAAAGAAGGGUAUUUAUUAUAAAUACAUACAAAAAAAGAAAAAUAGAUUAGAUAAAAAAGGGCUUAUGAACAUUUCACAAAAUGAAAACAUUGCCCAUUCUAAUAAUUCAAAAAAUGAUGAAGGUCUAAGUUCUAACAUGUGUAGAAUACCCUUAUUUAAUAAUCACACAGGCACAUAUAUUUCUAAUGACUUAAUUUUAAAAAAGCAAGCAUUCAUGAGUAUGACGCUAUCUCAAAAAAAAAUGUAUUUUGAAGAACAUAGUAAAAAAAUAAACAGUAUAAUAAAGAAUGAAAUAAUUAAAGGUAUUCCUGAUUAUUUAAGAGGGUUUGUGUGGCAAAUAUUACUUCAAUCAUAUGCAUACAAGGAUAGAAAUUUUGUUGAAAAAAAUGUAAAUAAUAAUGAAAAUCCCCCAGAGGAUAGUAAUCGGAGUAACGAAUGUGAAAAAGGGUAUAAAUAUUAUCUAAGCAUAAACAAUAAAUAUGAAAGUUCUAUUAAAAAGGAUGUCAAUAGAACAUAUCCUAAACAUAUAUUAUUUAAAAAUAAUUAUGAAAAAGGACAAAAAAUAUUAUUUAAUGUUUUAAAAGCAUAUAGUAAUUAUAACAAAGAUUUAGGAUACUGUCAAGGAAUGGCUUUUAUAGUUGCAACAUUUAUAUUAUAUAUGAGUGAAGAAGAUUCUUUUUAUAUGUUAAUUGCAUUACUAGAUAAAUAUAAAUUAAAUGAUUUAUUUUCUUCUAGUAUGCCUUUAUUAAAUGAAUAUUUAUAUAUAUUAGAUAAAUUAUUAUUACAUUUUUUUCCAAAAAUAUAUAACCAUUUAGAAAAAGAAAAUGUCCAUUCAAGUAUGUAUGCGUCUCAAUGGUUUAUAACACUUUUUUCUUAUAACAUAAAUAUUUUAUAUGCAAUACGAAUAUGGGAUUAUUUUUUUAUACAUAAUUAUACUUUUCUUUUUAAAGUAGCUCUUGCAUUUUUUAAAUUACAAGAAGAAGAAAUACUAAAGGAAUCAUUUGAAGAAAUACUAAAUAGACUUAAGGUAUUAUCAAACCAUGUUGAAUUAGAUAUGUUGCUUAAAACUGCUUUGGAUAUAAAAAUAAAAAAUGGCUUGAUUAGCAAAAUUGUAUCUGAAUAUAAAUCACAAAAUGUGGGAUUACACUACCAAGGCUAA